AUGUUACAUUCCGAUUUAUGUAGGAAUUUUAUACAAUAUGUGCAGAGUGUGGGCAAUUCAGCAUUCGACGAUAUUGUGACGUGCUUAUUGGACUCAUUGGGCGAUUCACAGGAUGAAAAUGUUUUGGAUGGUUUGUCGCAGAUUAUGCGACUGAAUAGCAGGUGUGUUUUUAGGAAUAAUCAAACGGAUUUCAGUUAUUUGAUGUUACACUCUAUUUUACUUACCCUAUUUUGGCUGUUGGUUUAUUUCAAAAAUUUAAUAACUGAAAUUUUUGACAUAAACCAACAGCCAAAAUAA